CGCCCUAAACUAAACCCCUCUUUGAUCAUCAUCUCUUCCCUAUCUCUCUCAACAGAAAUGGCGAUUAUACGGCAGAAGCACACACUACUUCUUCUACUACUAUGCGUUAUUCUUCCCUUUUCUCGAUCGAAAUCGGAAUCGGAAUCAGUAACAGAAUCCUCCAUUCACGAUCUCCUCAAAAGCAAAGGGCUACCGGUUGGCCUGUUCCCGAAAGAAGUAGAAUCAUUCACUCUUUACGACACAGGGCUCCUUGAAGUGUUCCUGAGAGGACCUUGCUUAACGAAAUUCGAUACCAUGGCUUUCUACGAGAGCACUGUGAGAGCUAACCUUACUUACAGAAGCCUUACCGGCGUUGAAGGUCUCUCGCAGGAAGAGCUUUUCCUCUGGUUGCCGGUGAAAGAUAUCAUCGUCGACGAUCCGAAAUCUGGGCUGAUAUUAUUCGACAUUGGCGUCGCUCAUAAGCAGCUGUCUCUCUCACUCUUUGAAGAUCCUCCUGAUUGCAAAUCCGAAGAUUUUUUGAAUUUGAAGAAGAAAUCUAGAAAGGAGAUAGGAUUUGAUGCUCAAAUAUAGUAGAAGAUUUGGCUUCCAAAUUUAACAACCUUUUACCCCUUCUAUCACUCUCAUUCUUUUUUCGUU